UUGAAAUUCAAACGGGGAAAAUCUACUAUUGCAUAUAUGAUACAUAGAGUUUGUCGUGCUAUAUGGACAAAUCUUCUUCGAGACAACAUCCCAGAACUGACAGUUGAAAGAUUCCAAACAACAAUAGCGAGGGAUUUUGAUGUAAAGGCAAAUUUUCCUCACUGUGUUGCUAUUGUGGAUUCAAAUUACAAAUUCAUUUUUGUCGACAUCGGUGCAUACGGAAAAGAAUACGAUUCAACCGUGUUUCAAAAUUCUAAACUGUACGAGCUAAUGAUUAACAACAACUUACCACUACCUCAUCCCCAGCCACUCUCUGGUUUCAAUACACCAACCCCGUAUGUAUUUGUGGGUGACGAAGCUUUUGGACUGAGCAAAAAUAUUAUGCGUCCAUAUGGUGGUCAAAAUCUCGACUUACAACAAAAGGUUUUCAAUUAUCGUCUAAGCAGGGCCAGAAGAUAUGUUGAAUGCGCUUUUAGGAUUAUGGCAAACAAAUGGCGCAUUUUUCACAGACCGAUAGACGUGUCCUAUAACUUCGCUACUGACAUAAUAAAAGCAUGUUGUGUACUACACAAUUUUGUCGCUGAUCGAGAUGGUUUUAGACAAAGAGAUAAAUUUGCUAUAAGUGUUGAUGAAUUUCUCCCAAUACAACCCGCAGAUGAAGAAGAGACAGCACCGAAUGUCGUAAGACAGCAUUUUGCGACCUAUUUUAUGACUAGAGGAACUCUGCCUUGGCAGCUAAAUAAGGUAUAA